AUGGCGGCAGGGGCCACAAAUCUCGUAGGGGUAAAAUCCGACGCGGUGACACUCGUGAGCGCGGUGGAUUGCUGCGCGGGAUUGGGCGAUCUGCAGCAAUCCCAGGCAUUCCACGCGCGCGUCCUCGCGGUGGCGGGGAUGGAAUCCAACGAGUUCCUGGGCAGCGCGCUGCUGACUAUGUUCGUCCGGUGCAAGGCCCUGGAUAGAGCGCGCGCUACCUUCGAGGCCAUGGAGGCCAAGAGCGUGGUGCCAUGGACGGCCAUGAUCGCCGCCUACGCGCAGAUCGCACGGCCCAGGGAGGCCUUCCGGUUGUUCCAGAGGAUGGCCAUGGAGGGCGUUCGUCCCAACGCGGUGACAUUCCUUGGGAUCCUCGAGGGAUUCGCGACGCGCGCAUCGUUCCACCACGGGCGAUUGAUCCACGCCUGCUUCGACGAUGGCAGCGCGCCCAUGGCCUUGGAAUUCGCUCCACCAUCCAGGAUCAAGGUGAGCAACGCGAUCCUCGACAUGUACGCGCGAUGCGGCAGCGUGGACGACGCCAGGGCCGUGUUUGAUCGCAUGGCAUCCAGGACGAACAUCUCGUGGACGUCGAUGGUGGCGGCGUAUGCCCAGAACGGGCAUCCCAGCUUGGCGUUGGAGAUCUCCCGGGAGAUGGACCAGGUGGGUAUGAGCAAGAACGCCAUCACCUUCAUCACAAUUCUCUCGGCGUGCAACCACGGGGGAUUGCUGGAGGAGGGGAUUCGCUUCCUUGCGGGCAUGAGGCGCGAUCACGGCGUGUUGCCCAGCAACGCUCACUACAGCUGCGUGAUCGAUCUGCUGGGCAAGGCUGGGAGACUGGAAGAGGCCGAGAGCAUGAUCACUGGGCUGGUUGAGAGGCCAGAUGCUGGUUUGUGGAGGUCACUCCUUGGGAGUUGCAGGAUUCAUGGAGACGAAGAGAGAGCCGGACGAGCUGGGGAGGAGCUCAAGAAGCUGGAGCCAUCCGAUGCUGCCCCAUACGUUGUGAAAAAACUGUUUCUUCUUGAGACAUAG